AUGCGCAAAGGCAACAACAAAGGGGCAGUCUGCACGGAAGCACAGAUGUUUGAGGGCGUCGACUGUCGUCUGGCAUUACCUAUGGCGGGCCAGGGGGGCCCAUUCAACCUCUACCCCAUUGACGAGCAAAAUGUAUCCACUACACGCCCGGGCUGGCGGAGGCGGGCAUACUGCCCUCCACUCGCCCUCGAAACGGCAGCGGGCUUCAGCAGCCGCGAAGUCCCUGGCAUGACAGCUAAUGUGGGCAAGCCAAUCGACCGCUUGCAGCUCUGA